AUGUGCUACUAUGGAAAUUACUAUGGGGGUCUUGGCUAUGGUUAUGGCUAUGGCUUUGGCUGUGGCUGUGGCUGUGGCUAUGGAGGCCUAGGUUAUGGCUGUGGCUAUGGGAGAUUUGGAUAUGGCUGCUGUCGCCCAUGUUGUUGUGGGAGAUACUGGUCCUAUGGAUUCUACUGA